CCAUACAUGUUUUAUUAACAGUAGAAAAUAGUUUGGGUGGAACGAACAAACGCUUAGCUAGCUAAAUAAGGACGGAUUGCUGGCUAGCUGUGUUGUUAGCCAGACAGGCACCUACUGUACAGUAUUUAACGUAGCUAACGUUACUAGCUAACUAGCAUUCGCCACAAACUCGAAGAAACAUAUAUAGCCAACAAUCUAGCAGAUUAUCUGUAUCUUUUUGGUAACACGCCAGACAUGGCAUCAAAAAGCACCAAGGAGACCAUUGUCAACAAGUUAGGCUUUAAAUCCAGUGUCUCAAAGCAAGCAGAAGUGGAAAUGGACAGACUCAGGAAGGAGAAUGCUCAACUGAAGAAGCAGAUGGAUGAAAUAUCUAAACGAACGGCGAGGCCACCAGACUCAGACAAGAGCAAACUGCUAGAGAGGAUUCUGUCUCUGGAGACGUUGAGGGAGAGGAACACUCAGCAGCUGCUGGCUAAGGACAAGGAGCUGGAGACUCUGAGACAACAGCUGAGUUCCAGUGGGGGAGAGGUGGUGGCAUCGCUCCAGUCUCAGCUGAACCAGGGGAGGAGAGAGGCCGAGCACAGAGAGAAACUCUUCCAGUCCCUCUCGGAGGAGACCGGGAACCUGAAGAACAAGUUGGUGGCGGUGUCUGCAAGGUGUCAGGCGCUGGAGGAACAGGAUCCUGAUUUCCAGAAUGGCCAGGUCCCCUCUGGUGAGGUUGCAAUAGUUCAGGAUCACCUGAGAGAUGCUUUGGAGAAGAACCAACAGUGGAUGGUUUAUGACCAGCAGCGAGAGGCCUAUGUCAAGGCAGUCCUGGCCAGAACUCUUGAGUUGGAGCAGCAACUAAAUCAAGCCAACCAAGCACUCCAACAACAACACAAAGAAGGCAAUUCAGCCGCACCGGAGAAGUCUUCCUCCCAGCUGCAGGAGUACUACGACAAGCUUCUGCUGCAAGCCAAGCGGGAUGUGGAGGCCCACAAGGAGGCGGCGGCGCGGGCCCAGGGGAGGUACGAGGAGCGCUGCAGGGAGGUGGCCGAGGCCCGGGAACAGCUCCAGGCCGAGCGCCUCAGCAGCAGACACACAGUUAGCGAGGAGAGGAAGUGCUCGGCCGACCGCACCGACAGGAUGCGGUCCGAGCUGGACAGCAUGGACGCCAGGCUGGAGGAGGAGAGGAAGAGGUGUGCUGAGCUGCUGCUGCAGGUGAAUCUACUCCAGAAAUCUCUGUUAAACCAAAACGAGGAACAGAAGAGAGUUGGCAUACUGGAGCAGCAGAUCCAGCUGUCUGCCAAAGAAUUUGAGAACGAGAAACUUGAUCGGCAGAGUUUACAGCAUCAGUUGCACAAUGUCCUGAAAGAGCUGCGCAAGGCUCGGGACCAAAUCACAAGACUGGAAUCCAGCCAUCAACAGAGAGGGUCUCGUUUCUCUGAGCCAAGUUCUUACAACAAGCUGGAGUUUGAUAGGCUGUCCAUUGAGGAUCCCAUCCCCACCUCGCCCUCCAAAAACCUCCUGGACGAGAGUUUCCUGGAGUGUCCAAAGUGCAGAGCCCCAUACACCACCAGUCAACACAGAGAACUGCUGGCCCACCUUGACUACUGUUUCGCUUGAACAGCCAAUAGGGAUUUAACAAGGGAGUACAUCUGGCCAGUCUCGGUCUUGCUUUUGUCUUUAAGAUAUUGUUUUUAUAUAAUCUUAGAAGAGGAAGUCAAUUUGGUUUGUGUUUAUGCUCAUUUUUUACAUGACAAAAUGUUUCUUUCUUGCCUUGUUUUAAAAGAAAUCAGUGACCUAUUUUUGAUUGACAAGAAUAAACUAUUUAGAUUUUUUUAUCUUUUUUGUGUGAUUUAAAAUCUUUUGUGGAUAGUUUUGAUAUAGAACUUACGUAAGACAAUAUUAUUUAUGGGUUUUUUUUCUGCUUUUUCUUUUUAGGUUUCUAUUUGUUUUGAACAAAUUGGGCUACCUAAAUCUGAUUAGAACAUGAAACAAGUGUUCACCACAUAGUUUCUUUAUUUUUUCAGUUCUACCUUGUCUCUCUAUAAGCAUUGUUUGCAUUCAUGAGGUGUAUUCCAUCAGUGUUAAAGGCCCAGUGCAGUCAAUUCAGUUUUUCAUGUGUUUUGAAUCAUGUUGGUACAACAGCUGAGGAAACUAACACUGUAAAAGUAUGAAAAAAUGUGACCAGUGGAUUGAUCCCCAAGCCACAAUCCUAACUGUGUUUAAUGCACCGCUUUAGUGUCCUCGACUCAGACCACUCGGACAUUCCUAUAAAAAUUCUGGCUUGAGAAUAGUUAUAUUUUUGACAAUUUUAAUGGACAACUAUCACAGUAAGUUACUUUUUACCCAGAAAUGACUUGAUAUUGAAAUAAUAAUAAAAAGGCUGCACUGGGCAAUGGUAAAUGUAUGAGUAAGGCCCACUUCCGCAUCAGUUCUUACUUUGCAAACCAGUUCGAAAGAGAUUGCAUUAGUAAGUCCUUGCAUUAAACUAUUUAAGGCCAAGGAUUAGCAAGGCUUCUCUUGGGUAGGGGAAAAAGAGGUUACGGUGUCUGUUCAAGGAAUGUUACAACAAGGACUUAGCUGUGAGGUUACGACUGCAGAAUACUCAUAUGGUUGGUUCCAAGCAGUGUGUUAUGAAUAAUUCUAAGUUUGAGGCCUUUUUUUGGGGGGGGGGGGGGUUAGGGUUAGUGAAGCAUAAAUAAUUGACCUUUUCCAGAUAAUUGGGUGUCUUUGUUUUUCAUUUGAUUCUAUUUUUGUUUUGCCCUGUAUCCGAAAGCUGUCUUUGCACUUUGUUAUACACUGUACAAAAAUGUGCAAUAAAGAUGAUAGCCAUUGUACUAUCAACACAAUCUUUGAGUAAUUGUUGUCUGUUUGUCACAGUUGAAUGGAAGCCAUGUGGGACAAUGCAGUUGUAUGGAUGGCAAACACACCUGAUGACAUUUGAAGCACAAAGUAUAACUGAAACCAUUGAUGCCAAUAAUACAAAAUAAACACUAGACUAGUACCAUGUGUUUUUAUUUUAAAAAGUCGUUCCAGACUACAUUUACGUUUUAGCAGACGCUCUUAUCCAGAGCGACUUACAGUUAGUGAGUGCAUACAUUUUCAUACUGGCCCCCCAUGGGAAUCGAACCCACAACCCUGGCAUUGCAAACGCGAUGCUCUACUUACUGAGCUACAUGGGAUUACAUCAUACACGGGACUACAUCAUACAAUGUCAAUAAGUAAAGUAUGCUAUAUCCUUCCUUAUACAUUCAGAUACAUAUCAUUUGCUUUGGUUGAUUGGUGGCUUUGGUAACGGCGAAGUUCCCCAACUGCUGGAAGAGGCUGGCCAGUGACAGUGUUUUUUUUGGUUUAUAUUUACAGUUUAUUGAUAUGUGGAAUUCUACGUUCACGAUAUCCCUCUGACAAGUUCCAGAUCAGCUGCUUUCACAGAAACC